UCCAUCCUCUCCUUGAACAACUACACCCUCACUUGCUACAAGUGAACUAAAAGAUGGUAACAAUGAAGCAUUCUCUCCUCUCUCUCUCUCUUCUUGUAAUGGUUCUCUUCUACUCCACCAUCACUUCAGCUCAAACCCCCGCCCCAUCACCUUCAUCAGCUCCCACAGACAUAAUCAGAAUCCUCAAAAAAGCUGGUGGAUUCACCACUCUAAUCCGUCUACUGACCACAACCCAAGUGGCAACCCAGAUAAAUGCCCAACUGCUCAACUCAAACAAUGGAUUAACAUUGUUUGCACCUAACGACAAUGCCUUUUCAAGCCUCAAACCUGGCUUCCUCAACUCACUAAAUGAUCAACAGAAGAACGAGAUGAUCCAGUUCCACGAGUUACCCACAUUUGUUUCCAUCUCAAACUUUGACACUUUGAGCAAUCCAGUGAGAACACAAGCUGGUGAUGACUCGGAUAGGUUGGCAUUGAACAUAACAAGUUCAGGAAACCAAGUGAACUUAACCACCGGGGUUGUUAACGCCACAGUUGGUGGUAGUGUAUAUUCUGAUCAUCAACUUGCGAUUUAUCAAGUGGACAAGGUGCUUCUUCCAAGGGACUUUUUCGUUCCUAAGCCUCCACCACCGGCUCCUUCACCAGAAAAAGCUAAGGCUUCUGCGAAGAAAGCUACAGAAGGUCCUGCAUCUGCUGCGGAUAAUGACUCUUCUGACGCGAGUUUGAAACAGAAGGAGAAUGCCGUGUGGGUAGUGACUGUUGCAGCGGCUGCAGUUGUGGGAGCAUCGUUUUCAUUGUGACAAUGAAAGCUUUUCAACACGUUACCAACUAUGUGCAUGAACUAUGGUACUUUGGGGUCCAAUGUUGUUGUGCUUCGUUAAUUUCUACCUUUGAUUGGAUUAAAGAGGAAUCGUGAAAGCUUUGGUAGCUCUUUCCAAUGAUUCCUUUCUUUUCAUUUAUUUUCC